AUGUUUGUUCAACUGCUCGGCCAUCAAGGUCGAAUUCACACUGAUCAUCUCGCUGGUAAAAAGCGAAUGUUGAGAUAUACUGGCAGUGAAUUUUGGAACACGGCCAAUGAGAAGCAGAGCAAGACAUAUCAUAAGAUGCGGUCAUAUAACAGAACUCAUGUCUCGUUAUCUUUCAACAAUCAAAUCAAUGUCUCUUCCACUUCGAAUGGCUGGGGAAUGCGCCUGGCGAACGCGAGUUGGUCGUACGUCGACGAUUCCGUUCUAAUGCCGCCGUCGCUGCCGCAAUCGGCGUCACCAUUGACGUCGGCCAGCCUUCGUUUAAGACCGAAAAAUUCAAGACACGAUAACGGCUUAUAUGCACAGCCACUAAUAAUGCCUCAGGAAAAACAUGAUAAUGACAGAAUAAAGGAUAACACAACGACUACCGAAACAGAAUCAGUAUCUGCAUCCCUAUAUGAGAUAAUAGAUAAUUUAGACGAUGAAGAGCCUAGCAACGAUCAAGAAAGUAUACCAUAUUGCGUAAAGACAAAGCCUUACUAUUCCAUAAAUGCAAAGUUAAAUCAAAGGGAGAAAACGUCUGUUCCUCUUAAUGUAUUUGUUAAUAAGUAUCUCGAUAAAGGAUACUCGGAAGGUAUAGCGGACGAAACCGCAUCAAUCACGGAGGAUCAAAUUGCACUUUUAGAAGAUGUAAAACCGCCAACGGCCGCGUGGGACGGAAAUUUCAAGUUGCUUGCGGCAUCCGCACCCGGCAAAACUUCUCAGACGUACAACAAAUCUAGUGUUACUUGUUUUAUAUGUGGUAAAUAGUUGAGCAAUCAGUACAACCUACACGUACACAUGGAGACGCAUAGCAAUAGUUCAUAUAGCUGCACAUCGUGCUCGCAUGUAUCGCGAUCACGAGAUGCGUUAAGGAAAGAUAUAUAUAUAUCGAAGGUUUCGAUAAGCUGUCGUUACUUGGUAGUAUAUAUACCAAUUUCUUGCAAAAGGCUCGUUAAUAAAUAUAUUAAAAUUUAA